UCACCCUCUACUUCACUUGCUAGCUAACUAAACAAAUAUGGCUUCUAAAACCUCGGCCUCUCUUGCCCUCUUCUUCUUUGUUAACCUCCUCUUCUUUUCCCUUGUUUCCUCUUGUGGUACGUGCCCUAAUCCCCCGAAGCCCAAACCUAAGCCUAAACCGAAGCCACUCCCUAGUUGCCCUCCUCCCCCGGCUCACCCAGCUCCCUCGGCCCCCCCGGUUCAACCAACUCCCUUGGCCCCCCCGGUUCACCCGGCUCCCCCGACUCACCAGGCUCCCCCUAGGGCCCCUACUUGUCCUAGGGAUGCUCUUAAGUUGGGAGUGUGCGCCGAUUUGCUUGGAGGAUUGCUUGGUACCAUCAUUGGAACUCCUUCCAAGACCGAUUGUUGCACGCUCAUUGCUGGCUUGGGCGAUCUCGACGCUGCUGUUUGUCUUUGCACUGCCAUCAAGGCAAACGUGCUUGGAAUCAACCUCAAUGUUCCCGUUUCUCUCAGCUUGCUUCUUAAUGUUUGCGAGAAGAAAUUGCCGUCUGGCUUCCAGUGUGCUUAACUAAAAAUGUGUUUAUGCAUGUUUAUGUUGUUGUUUAUGCAUGUAUGUUUGUUCUACAUACAAAUAAAUAUUGGGGAUUUAACUUGCUUGCAAGUGAUGUCUUAAGAUUCACUUGAUGUAAUAAGUUUGUAUUUGUGUUUGUAAUAAUCAUUCUUAUUAUAGUUAUUAUGUAUUUUGGUGUUUGUGCA